CUCCUCCUCCUCCUCCUCCUGGUCGGACAUGUGUCGGCCGGCUGCAGCCCUGCUCGCGGCUCUGGCCGCUUCUCUCUGCUGCGGAGCGAUGGACCAGCCGCUCAACAGCCGACCCAUCAUCGGGGUGUUGGCACAGGAAUCCCGUAAAGACGAACAGGCUACAAGGGGCUUUUCCUACAUCGCUGCUUCCUAUGUGAAAUACCUGGAGGCAGCUGGGGCCAGAGUCGUACCUGUCAGAGUAAAUCUCACAGAAGAAGAAUACACCAAGAUAUUCAACUCAAUAAACGGGUUGCUGCUGCCAGGAGGAAGUUCCAAUCUGCUGACGUCACAGUACAGUCGUGCCGCCAAGAUCUUAUACAACUUGGCUCUGAAGGCCAACGAUGCCUCGGACUACUUCCCCGUCUGGGGAACUUGUCUGGGCUUCGAGCAGCUGACUGUCUUAACAGCGAAGAAGCACCUGCUCACGCUCACUGACACCCACGCUGUGGCUCUGCCGCUCAACUUCACACGAAGAGCCCGUUCCAGCCGUCUGUUUCGGAGUUUCCCCAAAGAUGUGCUGAGGUCUCUGACCGAGGAAAACAUCACGGCCAACUUCCACAAGUGGAGUCUGUCCACCAAGAACUUCAGCGCGAAUCCCACGCUGAAGAAGUUUUACAAGGUCCUGUCGACGAACCACGAUGGGAAACAAGAAUUCAUCUCAACCAUGGAAGCCUACCGGUAUCCAAUUUAUGGAGUUCUGUGGCAUCCGGAGAAAAACCCCUUUGAGUGGGUGGACAAACCGGGGAUGAUUCACUCCACCGCUGCAACAAGAGUCGCCUUCUACUCUGCCAGCUUCUUCGUCUCUGAAGCCAUGAAGAACAACCACAGUUUCCCGAGUCGGGAGGAGGAGGAGAGAGCGCUCAUCUACAACUUCUGUCCUGUCUUCAAAGGCAUGGACUCCGUCUUCGUUCAGAGCUACUACUUUGAUUGAUGGAGGUGAGGAGCCCGUCACUGGGGGAACAUCUUCAACCUGAUGAAGUCACCGACCGUAAAGACCUCCAAUGGAACAGCGACAGUUCUGUAAUAUGUGAAUGCAGUGGUAAAUAAUAGUAGCAGAAAAGUGAAAUAAAAGUGUAAUGUUUGAAAAAUAACAUUAUUAACAUAACAUACAUCCAUAAGACUCCGGAUACUGUGAUUAAAAAAGUAAAACUAUUCAGGAGAGGGAGUCAGGAGAGACUGAAUGAGUCUUGUGCAAAAGAAAGAUUUGAGCAAUUUAAUUAAAGUAUAAAUCGUUAUGUGGUGAUCGUUGAUGAUAUCGUGAUCACAUACCAAUCACCAAGAAACUUGAGGUCGUCCAGGGUUCACAGUGUUAAGGCCGAAUUAUAGUCGGGUUGCAUGCAUCCACGCAAGACACGCAACACGCCCCUCUCGUGCCCUCUGGCGGCUUGCAUGCGUCCGGCAAUUUUUCUAACUACACGACAAAGUCUAACCCUAACCCAAAGUCUGCUUACUACAUCCCGUCUGGAGUCUAGUUUCCGGUUUCAUUCCCCACAAUACGCGGAAAUCUAGAAGAACGAAUAUGGACCAAAUAGAUGAGCACUUGGCAGAAGAGAUCCGAAAGUAUGACCACUUGUAUAACCUGUCACUGACUGAUUUGUCAGAAAUAGGCUAUGAGGAGCCGGAGUGGCGAUCUAAAUAAACAGUCGACGAA